UUUCUUUGUCAAAAUAAAGUUAGGCUGUCUUUCCUAUGGCAAUAAGACAACACGGUUUAAUAAGAUAUAAUGUAUAACAUUUGCCCCAUCUCCUUGUAGCCUCCUUGUGUUAAACUGACACGAGGACAGUGAGGGGAUUACCGAGAGGGGAGGGGGGGCACGCAGAGAGUCGCGCGCGCCGGAGCAUCCCAAGUCCGUUUGAGUUUCCACCUCAGCUUGUUAUAAAUGAAUAAAAACAAAGGGAGUAUCACACCGGCGUGCUGAGAACAGGCUGUAUACGGAACGGAAGACAACAUGCAGAGUGCGGGUUCUGAGAUCCAAGAUGCGAUUGGUCAGCGUGUCCAGGGCACGGCUUCGGAGGGCAGCCGAGGAGGAGGAGAGAGAGAGGGAGCGCCCUGCCGCACCUGCCCCGCCCCCUGUCUCACACCAUCAGUUUAACAGCCUCAAGAACAAAUUCUUCGAUGAGCUCACACACCUGCCAAAUCAUAAACUUCGCAUGCCAAUGUGGGCUGUGGGUGCCAUUGUGGUGGUGGUACUGGCCCUAGUGGCAUGCAUGGGGUUCUGCAUUUACAAGAAGUGUUUCAACAAAGGCAAAAAGCAGAAGAAAGUGAGAGAAAGGAAGGCUGGAGGAGGUCGAGGACGCAGGAAAAAAGACAAGGAAGGAGAGGAGGAUGACAAGAAGGAGGGAGAUGACGCUAAAGAAGAAGAAGAGAAGGAGUUCUUUGGUAAACUGGAGUACUCACUGGACUAUAACUUCAAUGAUAACCAGCUGAUCGUAGGAAUCCUCCAAGCCCAGGACCUGGCAGCUAUGGAUAUGGGUGGCACUUCAGAUCCUUAUGUUAAAGUAUACAUGCUCCCAGACAAGAAGAAGAAGUUUGAGACCAAAGUCCAGAGAAAGAACCUGUGUCCAGUCUUCAAUGAGACCUUCACAUUUAAGAUUCCCUACACUGAGCUUGGCGGUCAAACCUUGGUGUUGCAGGUCUUUGACUUUGAUCGAUUUGGAAAACAUGACCUCAUUGGAGAGAUCAAGAUCCCCAUGAGCACUAUAGACCUGGGACAGCCCAUCCACGAAUGGAAGGAUCUGAGUGGAGGAGAGAAGGAAGAGCAAGAGAAACUGGGUGACAUCUGUAUUUCGCUGCGUUACGUCCCCACUGCUGGAAAACUCACUGUAAAUGUCAUGGAAGCCAAGAAUCUGAAGAAGAUGGAUGUGGGAGGUCUCUCAGAUCCCUAUGUGAAACUGGUGCUACAACACAAUGGCAAACGUAUAAAGAAGAAGAAGACGUCAGUCAAACAGAACACUCUGAAUCCUUACUUUAACGAGAGCUUCAGUUUUGAGAUCCCCUUUUCUCAGAUACAGAAAGUGCAGUUACUGGUGACUGUGUACGACUAUGACAAGCUGGGCAGUAAUGACCCCAUCGGGAAGUGCUGGAUUGGUUACGGUGCCUCGGGGGUGGGUCUGCGGCACUGGUCUGAUAUGUUGGCCAACCCCAGACGUCCUGUGGCGCAGUGGCACACGCUUCAGCCAGAGGAGGAGAUUGAUGCAGCACUCAAGGCCCCCAUCCGCUAAAACACACACUCAUCACUUCCUUUAGAUUAGUGUUUCUCAAACUGUGGUAUGUGUACAACUGGUGGUAAGCAAGCUUCACGUAGCUCUUCAGUUUGUAGGUUUGACUAAAGUUUUGUUUAUCCAUUUUUUGUCCUCCAUUGGAUAAUUUCUUGUUUAGAACUACAAUGGAAAUUAUGUAGUCCUCUUAUAGAUGCGUUUUUUUUCCUAGGUUAGACCUGGAAUAGUCCUGUUAUAUACUGGAUCUGGUGGUAUUUGUGGUAUUUGGAAAGCCUCGGUGGUAAGUUGGAGAGCCACUGCUUUACAGGAGUUUAUCUGAUUUUCAGAGUAGUAUUAUCGUCCAUUGUCUUUGACGUUAUUAUUGAGAGUAUAUGGGCCAUCACACAAAAUCUUAGAUGCUGCAGGAGUAUGGAUUGUUAUGAUCUUAUUUGAAACAAAACAUACUUGGAGUUGUGUUUUGUUUCAUUUACACAUGUAAAUGAGGUGGAGUACACUGAUCCACUGUGUUAUUAAAUUGCACACACUAGAAUCAUUUGGAUAAUUUAAAGCCCUACAAUCUCCACUGAACUAAAGGUAAAAGGUAGCUUGAAAAUUACUACUUCAUGACAUCAUAAGAUGGAACAGGGCAUUUUGAGCUUUUGAGAUGUAGACAGACUAAUAAUAAAGGGUUACUCAAACAUGUUUGAAUGAAACAAAACAUAACUCCAUGUAUAUAAUUCUCAUUUUUAAACCUAUACAAAUUUAGCACUGUAUAAUUGUCAUUUUUUUACCUCUAAGAAAGCAUACUUUUA